GAUUUUAUACUUUCACCUUUCCUCCAGAGUCGCAGUAAGCGAUACCUUGCUGGUGGUUGUCUGUUUUUGUUAUCUAUACUGUUUGUUUGUCUCUUUAUAAUUCUAGAGAAUCCUAAAAUGGGACAGCAACUAACCACCCCUUUGAGCCUGACCCUAGAUCACUGGAAAGAAGUCAAGAGCAGAGCCCACAACCAAUCAGUGGAGAUUAAGAAGAAUAGAUGGAUAACUUUUUGUUCCUCCGAAUGGCCCAUGUUCAAUGUUGGGUGGCCUCGGGACGGGACUUUUGAUUCUGAUGUUAUUUUGCAGGUUAAAGCUAAGAUCUUCUCUCCUGGAUCGAUGGGACAUCCUGACCAGGUGGCCUAUAUAGUCACCUGGGAAAGCCUCUCCCUUGAACCUCCAUCUUGGGUGACGCCCUUUCUCAGUCCCGCACGAGGAACUCCUCUUCCAUCUGCCCCUCCCUCAGGCCCUCCAGCCACCACUUCCUUGUAUCCUGUAGUAGUAAGACAAAAGCCCGUCCUGCCCCCUGAUGAAAAUGGGCCUGCUGACUUGUUGAAUGAGAAUCCCCCUCCCUAUCACCCUCCUCUGCAGGCUGCUGUGGCGGUGCCAGAUGACGUCCAAGCAGAGGGACUGGAGGUAGCUCCUUCUCCCAUUGCUGGUCGACUCAGAGAGAGGAGAGGACAGGGAGAUUCCUCACACAUUCUGCCCCUCCGACUUGCGGGAGGGGAAGGAAACCAAUAUCAGUAUUGGCCCUUCUCUGCCUCAGAUCUAUAUAACUGGAAAACUCAUAACCCUUCUUUUUCUCAAGACCCGCAGGCCCUGACGGCCCUGAUAGAAUCCAUCCUCCUUACC